GACGGAGGAGAUAAUGCCGCAACAACAGGGUCGGAGACGAAGGAAACAUACCCUGAUGCAGCUGUCGUCGUCGCCUCACCGGGCUACUGUAGCGAGCCUGUGUGGGCCGGGCCGGGAAAACGGCCUGCAGGCCCACCUUCUGCCCACAGCCCGGGACGGCGACCUUGAAAUACCUAGCUUUGGCGCCCAGCGUAACCGCCUCAACCAACAGCUUUCGCCUCGCCGUCGCCGGAGCCCCAGCAAACCAAGAACCUCUCAUCCCCACCGCCCUCCACCGCCGGAGACCGACAGAUGGACCAGUUCCCAGACUGGCACCACGUGCGGCUGCGGAACCGCGCGCUCGGCGGGUACCUCCACGCCGCCGACGACGGGGAGAGCGUCGUCCUCCGCCGUGGGCGCGCCUCGCUGAACGCGGUGUGGGCGGUGCACCUCCGCCCCGACGGAGGCCGCGGCGUGCACCUGCUCCUUCACAGCGCCGCCUACGGCCGCUACCUCGCCAGCACGGCCGCGCCGGCGCCGCCCGGCCACCGCGGCUCCCGCGCCGGGCAGCGCGACUACGACCAUCCGGUGGUUCCGGACAUCAUGUGGGAGGUCGUCAGGGCGGGCUCCCAGGGCGACGUCCUGCUCCGCACCGUCGGUGGCCGCUACCUCCGCGCCAACGGCAGGUACCGCCGCUGGAACACCGGCGUCAGCGUCGACGGCGACUACAUCAGCACCAUGGCGCGCUGGGCCGUCGAGCGCAUUCCCCGCAGAGAGGCCGCUCCCGACCUUCCACCCCCGAUUCCGAUCCGCGUGCUGGGACGCUUCUCCGGGAUCAUCUUCGGGCCGCCAGAGCGAGAGGCAUGGCGGACGAUCCGGUUCUUCACCGAGAACGGCUUUUCCCAGGGGUUGUACCCGGAGAACGGCUGGAACGUGUUCCCGUUCCUCGGGAGGUCCGUCUUCCACCUGAACGAGGAACUGGACAUACGCGUCGGCGUCCUCAACGGGAGACCUGCCCCGCGGCUUCGUCAUGUGGUGCCUUCUUUCGGAGAGGCGGACCUGCCCGACGGCUUCAUCAUGUGCGUCCCAGCCGGCCGCCACGGGAGGCUCACCCCGCUCGUCAUCGACCUGCCCCGCGGCGGCGACGGCGAGACCCUCGAGAUUAUCGUGGCGCUCUCCGGGACCCAAGUCUAUCAUGAGCUGCGACACCCGGAUGUUGACGCAGCGUAGAGAAAGAUCAAAACAGGACUCCUGAAAGUUCACCUGUUCACAAGUUUCGCCGCCUCGGAUACAAUGACAGCAGAACUGGACACCUACUUUUGCCUAUAGGUAGAUAAUAUAGGCUGAGAAAACUCGGCAAUACUCGUGUUUCUUCUGCCUGUUAAAUUUUCUCUGUUCCUCAGGCAGGGCAGGGGUAACCCCUGUCACUUUUUGACCUCCGAUGUCUGAACAAUUUUGUAGUGAUGCUCGUCGUAGUAGUCGCUGCUGUAGUGUCGCUCUUCUGACAUUCAUCCCUGUGAUGUGAUUGCCACUGCUUAGUAGACGAUGCAUUUCACUGAAGGGUUUCCUGCAAUGAGUUGAUGAUCCUGCAA